AUGGCGACUCAAAGCAGGACUUUCUCCCGAAUACUCUGUCUCCCUCCGCCGCUCCGUGUCCGAGCAUUCUCGGUCCUCAGCCGUCCCAAACCCAACUACGAAGGCCACGUCCCUCUCAACAUAAUCGAACGAACCUCCCUUGCUCUCGGCUCAGCCUUUGGCUCCCUCCUCAAUCCCUACCGACAUGAUCUCAUCGCAUCUCUCGGCGAAGCCACCGCAAAGCCAUACUUCAUCGCACGUCUCCGCCGCGCUAUGCUGUCCAACCCUACCGGCCGACGAAUACUCCGCGACAAGCCCCGCAUAACGAGUAAGACGAUCAGUCUGGAAGAGCUUCGUACAUAUCCCGAGAACAGCGUCGGCAGAGCAUACGCAGCAUGGCUGGAUCGCGAAGGCGUCACGCCGGACACGAGGGAUAGCGUACGGUAUAUCGAUGAUCCCGAGGAAGCGUAUGUUAUGCAGAGGUAUCGGGAAACCCACGACUUCACGCAUGCGAUUACGGGACUGCCGGUGAUCAUCGAGGGCGAGCUGGCUGUCAAAGCCUUCGAGUUUGCCAAUACGCUGUUGCCCAUGACGGCCUUGAGUUUGGUUGCGAUCGUGAGGUUGAAGAAAUUGGAACGGGCCAGGUUCUGGGAGGUCUACUUUCCGUGGGCGGUAAGGAAUGGUCUGAAGGCGGAAGAGGUGGUCAAUGUGUACUGGGAAGAGGAGCUGAUGACCGACGUGGAGGUGCUCAGGGCAAGAUUGGGCAUUGAAGUGCCGCCGGAUUUGAGGGCUACGAGGAAAGCUGAGCGGGAGAAGCAGAGGGCGCAGAAGAAGGCGGAGCAAGUAAGAGACGGGCUGAGAUGA